AUGUCCAUUCGGUACACUGAUAAAACUAAAUCAGUGGACGCUCUGAUUGAUGCAAUAUUUCCUUCUUUGGAAUCCAACGGCGCCGACUCAAAAUUUAUCAUUUCGAGGGCGAUACUGUCAACUAAAAAUGAAAGUGUUGAUGAGAUUAAUAAUAAGUUGAUCGAACGAUUUUCUGGCGAGCAAAAAGUUUUCUAUAGUUUUGAUGAAGCGGAAGAUGACAAAAAUAACUUAUAUCCGAUGGAGUAUUUGAACUCGCUAAAUGUUAGUGGUGUACCCCCUCAUUAUCUUCGGUUAAAAACUGGGUGCCCUGUAAUACUUUUGCGAAAUAUCGAUCCUUCAAAUGGGUUAUGUAAUGGCACCAGAUUGAUAUGUCGAGCUUUCCAACAAAAUGUCAUUGACGCAGAGAUAGCGGUUGGCCAACAUGCUGGAAAAAGAGUGUUUUUACCAAGAAUUCCUCUAUGUCCGUCUGACGAUGAGAUGUUCCCAUUCAAACUUAAAAGAAAGCAGUUUCCAAUUCAGCUUAGUUUCUCUAUGACAAUCAAUAAAGCUCAAGGACAAACAAUUCCAAAUGUAGGUGUUUAUCUACCAGAAUCGGUAUUCUCACAUGGCCAGCUUUAUGUGGCGUUGUCCAGAGGAAUAUCACGUGUCAAUACCAAGGUAUUAGUAAAGCCGGAAAAAACGUUUCAUAAUGAUGGAAUCUACACAUCAAACGUUGUGUACAAAGAAGUGUUAUGUGAUUAA